GUUCCGCUGAGGCGUGGUAGGAAGUGGUAGCCGUCAAUCACAGAGGGGAGACUCCAAACACUGAGCCUUGAGCUGGAGAACAGCGUUUACCGGCGGGCGGCCGGUUUUAUGAAUGAAGCUAUGGCUACAGAUUCCCCUAGAAGACCCAGUCGUUGUACUGGGGGAGUUGUGGUUCGCCCCCAGGCUGUCACAGAGCAGUCCUACAUGGAAAGUGUUGUGACUUUUCUACAGGAUGUUGUGCCACAGGCUUACAGUGGGACACCUCUAACGGAAGAAAAGGAGAAAAUAGUCUGGGUCAGAUUUGAAAAUGCAGAUUUAAAUGAUACAUCAAGAAAUCUGGAAUUUCAUGAAAUACACAGCACAGGGAAUGAGCCACCUUUGCUGAUUAUGAUUGGCUACAGUGAUGGAAUGCAGGUCUGGAGCAUCCCUAUCAGUGGGGAAGCCCAGGAGCUCUUCUCCGUUCGACAUGGCCCAAUUCGAGCUGCUAGAAUCUUGCCUGCUCCACAGUUUGGUACUCAAAAGUCUGACAACUUUGCUGAAAAAAGACCCCUCCUUGGUGUUUGUAAGAGCAUUGGAUCUUCUGGCACAAGCCCUCCUUACUGUUGUGUGGAUCUAUACUCACUUCGCACUGGGGAGAUGGUCAAGUCCAUUCAGUUUAAAACACCAAUCUAUGACCUCCACUGCAAUAAGCGGAUCCUCGUUGUGGUCUUGCAGGAGAAAAUCGCUGCCUUUGAUAGCUGUACUUUCACAAAAAAAUUCUUUGUCACAAGCUGCUAUCCUUGCCCAGGGCCAAACAUGAAUCCUAUCGCUCUUGGGAGCCGUUGGCUUGCUUAUGCAGAAAACAAGUUGAUUCGAUGCCAUCAGUCCCGUGGUGGAGCCUGUGGAGACAACAUUCAAUCCUAUACUGCCACAGUCAUUAGUGCUGCUAAAACAUUGAAAACUGGCCUGACAAUGGUUGGGAAAGUGGUAACCCAGCUGACAGGCACGCUGCCCUCUGGUGUGACAGAAGAUGAUGUUGCCAUCCAUAGUAAUUCGCGGCGGAGUCCUUUGGUCCCAGGCAUCAUCACAGUUAUUGACACUGAAACAGUUGGAGAGGGCCAGGUGCUUGUGAGCGAGGAUUCUGAUAGUGAUGGUAUUGUGGCCCACUUCCCUGCUCAUGAAAAGCCAGUAUGCUGUAUGGCUUUUAAUACAAGUGGAAUGCUUCUAGUCACAACAGACACACUUGGCCAUGACUUUCAUGUCUUCCAAAUUCUGACUCAUCCUUGGUCCUCAUCACAAAGUGCAGUCCAUCAUCUAUAUACUCUUCAUAGGGGAGAAACUGAAGCUAAAGUACAAGACAUCUGCUUCAGUCAUGACUGUCGCUGGGUUGUCGUCAGCACACUCCGGGGGACUUCCCAUGUUUUUCCCAUCAACCCUUAUGGUGGCCAGCCUUGUGUUCGUACACAUAUGUCACCACGAGUAGUGAAUCGCAUGAGCCGUUUCCAGAAAAGUGCUGGGCUGGAAGAGAUUGAACAAGAACUGACGUCUAAGCAAGGGGGUCGCUGUAGUCCUGUUCCAGGCCUGUCGAGCAGCCCGUCUGGCUCACCUUUGCAUGGGAAACUGAAUAGUCAAGACUCCUACAACAAUUUUACCAACAACAACCCUGGCAACCCUCGGCUAUCUCCUCUCCCCAGCUUGAUGGUAGUAAUGCCUCUUGCCCAAAUCAAGCAGCCGAUGACAUUGGGGACCAUCACCAAGCGAACAGGGCCUUAUCUGUUUGGAGCGGGGUGUUUUUCCAUAAAAGCUCCAUGCAAAGUUAAACCACCUCCUCAAAUUUCACCCAGCAAGUCCAUGGGAGGAGAAUUUUGUGUGGCUGCUGUCUUUGGAACAUCUCGAUCAUGGUUUGCAAAUAAUGCAGGUCUAAAAAGAGAAAAAGAUCAGUCAAAACAAGUUGUAGUUGAAUCUCUGUACAUUAUCAGCUGCUAUGGGACCUUAGUGGAGCAUAUGAUGGAACCACGACCCCUUAGCACUGCCCCCAAGAUUAGUGAUGACACCCCACUGGAAAUGAUGACAUCCCCGCGAGCCAGCUGGACUCUGGUCAGAACCCCUCAAUGGAAUGAAUUGCAACCACCAUUUAAUGCAAACCACCCUCUGCUCCUCGCUGCAGAUGCAGUACAGUAUUAUCAGUUCCUGCUUGCUGGCCUGAUUCCUCCUGGAAGUCCUGGGCCCAUUACUCGACAUGGGUCUUAUGACAGUUUAGCUUCUGACCAUAGUGGACAGGAAGAUGAAGAAUGGCUUUCUCAGGUUGAAAUUGUAACACACACUGGACCCCAUAGACGUCUGUGGAUGGGUCCACAGUUCCAGUUCAAAACCAUCCAUCCCUCAGGCCAAACCACAGUCAUAUCAUCCAGUUCAUCUGUGUUGCAGUCACAUGGUCCGAGUGAUACUCCACAGCCCCUUUUGGAUUUUGAUACAGAUGAUCUUGAUCUCAACAGUCUCAGGAUCCAGCCGGUCCGCUCUGACCCAGUCAGCAUGCCAGGGUCAUCCCGUCCAGUCUCUGAUCGAAGGGGAGUUUCCACAGUGAUUGAUGCUGCCUCAGGUUCCUUUGACCGGAGCGUGACCCUGCUGGAGGUGUGCGGAAGCUGGCCAGAGGGCUUUGGGCUGAGGCACAUGUCCCCCAUGGAGCACACCGAGGAAGGCCUCCGGGAAAGGCUUGCUGAUGCCAUGGCUGAGUCACCAAGCCGGGAUGUUGUGGGAUCCGGAACAGAACUACAGCGAGAGGGAAGCAUCGAGACUCUGAGUAACAGCUCAGGUUCCACCAGUGGCAGCAUCCCAAGAAACUUUGAUGGCUACCGAUCUCCGCUCCCCACCAAUGAGAGCCAGCCCCUCAGCCUCUUCCCUACCAGCUUCCCGUAGGUACCAGCAACCUGCUUCUCACUGGCCGGCCCGCUCACCUGCUGAGGGGAGGAGGAGAAGCCCCCCUCUGGUCCUGCCGUUCAGUCUCUACUCCUCUUUCAUCAACCACCUUCCCCAAGCUUACAACGGCCAUCCACCCUACCUGGAUCAAGAAGAGACCCUUCUCCGAAGCACCUCAGUGCCCUUUGACCUCUGCUGCACCUGUCGGCAGGGCUUUGGCCACGAGAGAGUCUGCAGAAUUUGGGUCCCUCUCUUCCAUUUGCACAUGACAUCCCGCGUUGGAUCCGAUUUUUGCAUUUUCUAACCAUACCCACAGGGGGCCUGGGACAGUGCCCAGAUUUGGGGGCCUGUGUGGGGAGAGGGUAGAUGGCCCAGCCAGGCAUUUUGACCCUGAGCAGAAGAGCCUCAGCCCCGCCCACUUCUGGCUGUGACACACACUUCCCCAGCUUUCCUUGGUCAGCCAUCCUCCCAUCGUGGGGUGAACUGAGGCCCAGAGUAUUAGGGAAGGAGGAAGGAAGGAGAAGCCUCCUCUUCCUCCUUCCUUUCCCUUUCAGUUCAUGAGAAGAUUUUGUCUUUCUUAUCUUUAAGCCCUUUUACCCUGGUCCUGUACUCUUCAGUGAAGGAAACUGUGGUUACUGAGGCUGUCAAAAAGUGCACGUCUUGUCCAAUAAAUCAUGCUGCGAUUGGUGUCCAUCCCUGAA